AUGACCGACCAUCAGUAUCAAACCAGGAGUAAGGGAGGCGUAUUCUCUGGGAUGGACAGAGAUUACUUCUCUGAUGACUCCAUUGCAACUGAUAACUCGGAUUAUGCAGAUGGUUAUUUGGACGGAGAUGAUGCGUUUGAGUCAAAUAGAGGGUCUGCGAAAUCGAAAGCUAAGAAGCCACAGAAGAAAUCGAGCCAACGGCAAAAGAAGUCAUCGAACGAGACUCUGAACAUGCUUGCAGCAAAGGACCAAUCAUUUCUGCGUGACGUACACACAGAUGCACCCUCGGACUUCGUACCUGAUGUCGUAUCGGGGCUGUUUAAAAGUAAUGACUUUAGCUAUCUGAAACUGAAGCCGGAUCAUGCCUCUAGACCGCUUUGGAUCUCACCAAGUGAUGGUCGUAUAAUUUUGGAGAGUUUCUCUCCUCUCGCUGAACAGGCUCAAGACUUCUUGGUCACUAUUGCGGAACCAGUUAGUAGGCCUUCCCACAUUCACGAAUAUAAAAUAACAGCAUAUUCAUUAUAUGCUGCAGUUUCCGUAGGUCUCGAAACCGACGAUAUCAUUGCUGUGCUAGAUAGGUUAUCGAAAGUGCCAGUCGCCCCCUCAAUUGUUAACUUUAUCAAAAGUGCCACAGUGUCUUACGGUAAGGUCAAACUAGUUAUUAAGCAUAAUAGGUAUUUCGUGGAAACGUCGCAGGCUGAUAUAUUACAAAUGUUACUGAAAGAUCCUGUGAUUGGAACCCUUCGAAUCGAUAGUGAGGGAAAUGCUGCCAAUGAAGCAUCUCAAGAUAAAAACUCGAAGGUAGACAACAAUGAAAACAAGAAACCUGUUGACCCGAAUGAUGUUGAGGCCGUAUUCUCGUCUGUCGUUGGUGAUAAUGACAUAGAUGAUGACAAUGACGAUAUAGAUGCUGUACAUGCUUUUGAAAUUGCAAAUGCAUCUGUUGAAAUUGUCAAGAAAAGAUGUCAAGAGAUUGACUAUCCCGUACUAGAAGAAUAUGAUUUCCGGAACGAUCACAGAAAUCCAGAUUUAGACAUAGAUUUGAAGCCUUCCACUCAAAUUAGACCUUACCAAGAAAAAUCUUUGAGUAAAAUGUUUGGUAAUGGGCGUGCAAGAAGUGGAAUCAUUGUGCUUCCAUGUGGUGCGGGUAAGACGUUAGUUGGGAUUACAGCUGCGUGUACGAUCAAGAAGUCUGUUAUCGUCCUAUGUACUUCAUCAGUGUCAGUCAUGCAAUGGAGACAGCAAUUUCUACAAUGGUGUACAUUGCAACCAGAGAAUGUUGCCGUGUUCACCUCUGAUAACAAAGAGAUGUUUCAGACAGAAUCUGGUCUUGUUGUAUCGACUUAUUCAAUGGUCGCCAAUACAAGAAAUAGAUCUCAUGACUCCCAGAAAGUAAUGGAUUUUUUGACAGGAAGAGAAUGGGGUUUUAUUAUUCUAGAUGAAGUUCAUGUUGUUCCAGCUGCGAUGUUUAGAAGAGUAGUCACGACAAUCGCGGCGCAUGCUAAGUUAGGCUUAACUGCGACCUUGGUACGUGAAGAUGAUAAAAUUAGUGACUUAAACUUUCUAAUUGGGCCAAAACUUUAUGAAGCAAAUUGGAUGGAGCUUUCACAAAAGGGGCAUAUUGCCAAUGUACAAUGUGCAGAGGUAUGGUGCCCCAUGACAGCCGAGUUCUACCAAGAGUAUCUACGAGAAAGCGCAAGAAAGAGAAUGUUACUUUACAUUAUGAAUCCUACCAAAUUUCAAGCGUGCCAAUUUUUGAUUCAAUAUCAUGAGAAAAGGGGUGACAAAAUCAUCGUGUUCUCUGAUAAUGUAUACGCCCUACAAGAAUAUGCAUUGAAAUUGGGCAAACCAUUUAUUUAUGGCUCAACACCUCAACAGGAGCGUAUGAACAUUCUACAGAAUUUCCAAUAUAACGAUCAGAUAAACACCAUUUUUCUUUCAAAGGUCGGUGACACAUCGAUUGAUCUACCCGAAGCGACGUGUCUCAUUCAAAUUUCAUCUCAUUACGGAUCUCGGCGUCAAGAAGCUCAAAGAUUAGGCAGAAUUCUUAGGGCAAAAAGACGUAACGAUGAAGGUUUUAACGCAUUCUUUUACUCUCUAGUUUCUAAGGAUACACAAGAGAUGUAUUACUCAACAAAAAGACAAGCUUUUUUGGUCGAUCAAGGUUACGCAUUUAAGGUUAUAACACAUUUACAUGGAAUGGAGAGUUUGCCAAACCUAGCUUAUUCAACUGCUCGUGAACGUCGGGAACUUUUGCAAGAAGUUUUAUUGAAAAACGAGGAGGCUGCAGGUAUCGAAAUUGGUGACGAUGCAGAUAACACUGUUGGCCGUGGAGCUCAUAGUAACAAAAGAGUCAAGUCAAAAGCAGUUAGGGGAGAGGGUUCUUUGUCUGGUUUGGCUGGUGGCGAGGAUAUGGCAUAUUUGGAAUACUCCUCCAAUAAGAAUAAAGAUUUGAAGGAUCAUCAUCCACUCAUUAGAAAGAUGUACUACCGUAAUUUAAAGAAGUAA